AUGUCAUUGCCUACAGGCGUCUACCGUGCCGACCAAGUCGGCUCCCUGCUCCGGCCUAAGGAUAUUCUCGCCCUCCGCGAGAAGGUGGCAAAUGGCCAGGCGGAUCCUAAGGAACUCAAGGAGCUCGAGGACAAGCACAUCGCAGAUGUUGUCCGCAAGCAGAUCAGCUCCGGGCUCCGUGCCGUGACGGACGGAGAGUUCAGACGCCAAUGGUUCCAUAUCGACUACCUGGUGAACCUGGCCGGUGUCGAGAAGCGCGGCGCCCUCCAGUCAACCAACAUCUCCAAGGGCGGCACCAUGCCGCCUCGUCUGGUCGUGGUCGACAAGAUCAGCCACCCCAAGCCCAUCCAGGUCGAUGACUUCAACUACCUGGAGACGCAGAUCGCUGCCGCCGGGGCACAGGGCAAGGUCACGACCAAGGUCGCCAUCCCCUCGCCGACCAUGAUCCACUUCCGCAACAGCCGCGAGACCAUCGACGAGAAGGCCUACCCGACGCUGGAGCCCUUCUUCGACGACCUGGCACGCGUGUACCAGGAGGAGCUCGCCGACCUCUACGCCGCUGGCACUCGGUUCGUCCAGCUCGACGACACCAACCUGGCGUACCUGUGCGACCCGGGCAUGCGGGCCGAGGCCGAGAAGCGCCACGGCGACGCCAACGUGCUGGCCAAGCAGUACGCGGCCCUGAUCAACAAGGCUAUCUCCAAGCGCCCGCGCGACAUGACCAUCGGCAUCCACCUGUGCCGCGGCAACCACCGGUCGCAGUGGUUCGCGCAGGGCGGCUACGAGCCCGUGGCCGAGGUGCUGUUCCGCGACCUCGACGUCGACGUCUACUUCCUCGAGUACGACGACGCGCGCUCGGGCGACUUCUCGCCCCUGCGCCACCUGCCCGAGAACAAGAUCGUCGUGCUCGGCGUCAUGAGCAGCAAGGUCGCCGCCCUCGACGACAAGGCCGACAUCAUCAAGCGCCUCAACGAGGCCGCCGCCUACUGCCCCCGCGGCCUCAAGCAGCUGUGCCUCAGCCACCAGUGCGGCUUCUCCAGCACCGCCGAGGGCAACGAGCUCAGCGAGGACGAGCAGUGGGCCAAGAUCCGCCUCGAGGUCGAGAUCGCCAAGGAGGUCUGGGGCGACGACCUGAGCGUGUAA